AUGGAUAUUUCUAGAUGGAUCAACUUGUUUGAUGCUAUGGUAUUACCAAUGUUAAAUUAUGAUCCUGACAUUUUAUGUCUCCAUAAAGCUCCAGAUUUUGAGCACAGCAAAUCUUGUAUAGACUCGGAUAGAGAAGUAAUAAUAUUCGUGGAAGAUGGUGGCUCUGAGAGCAGGGAAGCAGCAAUGCAUUUAGCUAAACAAUUCUUUACAAACAAUGAGAAUAACAUCGUUAAAUUGUUUAAUUUCAAUAUUCUUCAUAGAAAAAUGAAGUUUGACAUUGAGUACAGGUUAUUGGAAAUAAAGGUAGAACGUGUUACCAGAGAACAGGGAAUAGAGGAAACUGGAUGCAAGUUUAAAACAAUGGCAAGAGACUUUCUUAAACAACUGAAGUUUUCCGAGCUAGAAAAAAGAGCGCUUAUUGUACUAGAAAACAGUAUUGAAUCAUCAGUUGUCGCUAGCUUAGUAUUGUCCAAUAUUUCAGAGCCAUCGUUUUCAAUAUAUCGGGUGAUAAAAGAUUUCAGUUCUUCACUUUAUAAAGAUAACAGAUACAAAUUUGUAAAGGAUAUACAUAUAAGUAAAUGGAGUUCUCUAUUUUCGAUUGGUUUUAGACGAUUUCCAGAAAUAUGUACAGAGGCUACAAUCGUACCAUGUGCUGGAAAGUACAGAUGUUCGUCUAGUAAGCAAUGUAUACCAUUUGAACAAGUAUGUGAUGAUGUCAUUCAUUGCAAAAAUGGUGAUGAUGAGCGACUUUGUGAUUCUGUAUGUCCGACGCAAUGUAAUUGUACGGGUGGUGUAAUCAAUUGUAAUGCAGCCAACUUAUCGAUGUCUGAUAUUUUGUCAUUGACUGUACAGGCUAUAAGUCUUGAUCUAAGUAAAAAUCCAAAAAUUAGAGAAAUACCUGAAGGAAAAUUAAAUUUUCCUUACAUGCUAAGACUUAAUAUUUCAUCAUGUAAUAUUCAUUAUAUUGACGAAAGGGCUUUCUUUGACUUGAAAAAUUUGUUAUCGUUAGAUCUUAGCAACAAUAGAAUAGCGCGAUUACCUGAUAUGGUAUUUAGCAAACUUCGCUAUCUGUCCUACUUGAAUCUGGACAGAAAUAUAGAAUUAACAAUGAUUUCAUCGACUGCUUUUAAGGGUUUGACAUCUGUAAGAAGCUUAAAAAUCACCGGCACAAACCUGAAAAAGAUAAGUUCACUUACAUUCUCUGACUUGCACUUGGACAGUAUCGACAUUUCAUACAACAGAAUUGAGGAAAUUGAAGAUUUUGCCUUCAACAACUCGCGUGUUCAUAAAAUUAACUUUGAAGGCAAUGAAGUGAAAAAAUCCGGAAAUUUUAUAUUUAACGGCAUCACAUCACUUCGUGAACUUCAUACACCUGCAUUUAGAUUCUGCUGUAUCCGACCUUGUUAUCUUCCUGCAGAAUACUGCGAACCAAAGAAUGAGUUUUCUUCAUGUGAAGACCUGAUGAGAAACUCGGUACUUCAAGCAGUCCUUUGGAUAGUUGGGUUAGCUUCAUUGUUCGGAAACCUAUCGUCAAUUAUCUACCGUCUCUUGUACGAUCGUGAAAGGCUAAAAAUAGGUUAUGGCAUAUUUGUAACUAACCUUGCAGUUGCAGAUUUUCUGAUGGGUGUUUACCUCAUCAUGAUAGCAGUGGCAGAUUCACUCUAUAGAAACAGAUAUUAUCUUGUGGACUUUCAAUGGAGAAGCAGUAAUUGGUGUAUUACUGCCGGAGUUUUGUCUACAAUUUCAUCUGAAGCCAGCGUCCUCUUUCUUUGCUUGAUAACAUUAGAUAGACUUUUAGUGAUCAAGUUUCCGUUUGGAACUGUGAGGUUUACACCUAUGAAGGCCUAUGUCUCUUGUGCAUUGUGCUGGUUCAUCUCCAUCAUCCUAUCGGUCAUUCCAAUUCUUUACACAAGUCACUUCCAAAACAAAUUCUACUCUAAAACAGGAGUUUGUAUUGCAUUGCCUUUAACACGAGAUAAACCACCAGGUUGGAUUUAUUCUGUGUCAAUCUUUGUCGGCCUGAAUUUUUGUACUUUCAUUCUUGUUGCUGUAGGACAAAUCUCAAUAUUCACAGAACUUCGACGAUCAACAUCAGUUAUAAAGAAAACACAAAUUACAAGGAAACGUGACUUGAGAGUUGCAAGAAAUCUUAUACUCGUUGCAACAACUGAUUUCCUGUGUUGGUUUCCGAUAGGUGUGAUGGGUAUUUUAGCCUUGAGCGGAUUUCCGAUUCCUGGUGAUGUUUAUGCAUGGUCAGUUGUUUUCAUUUUACCAAUAAACUCUGCUCUAAACCCGUUUUUGUAUACCGUGACAGCAGUAAUCGGGAAGAAGUGUUGGAGCAAUACCUCAAGACGUCUGCAGGCAUUAUGA